AUGAGGAGAAGAGAUUAAAGAAAAACAUGAGCGCUGCAUUCAGGGACGCACUGAGCAAGUGGUUUUGGAUUUGUUUUAAUUAUUUUGUGCCUUUUUUAUGCCACCCGCGACCCACAAAGGGACAAGAUCAUGUGGUUCAACACCUCUGACCAGUCAUGGACGAACACGAGCAGCAGGCCAUACGCCAGAUCUUCCAGUUUUGGAUUGUCUUGCUUCACCAUGAUCUUCGGCGCUCUCUCCAACUUCACAGCUCUGGGCAUCCUGGCCAAAACCCACAUCAGAUUCCGGCGCCAAGCCAAGGCCCCGUUUUUGUUCCUGACAGUGUCCUUACUGGUGGCUGACCUUGGAGGUCACGUAAUUCCGGGGAGCUUCGCCAUGUACGUGCAUAUGCAUAAAAGCAAAGGGGAGCUGCCUUCCGAGAUGUUCUGCAACACGUUCGGCGCUAGCAUGGUAUUUUUUGGCUUGUGCCCACUGCUGUUGGAUUGUGCAAUGGCGCUGGAGCGUUGUGUCGCCAUCACCCAACCCUUUUUUCACGCCGCGAUGAUCACCGUCGCUCACGUGCGGCACGUUUUAUUUUUCCUGCUGACGGCUGCUCUGGUACUCGCGCUUCUCCCUUUCUUCAGUGUGGGAACUUAUACGCUACAGUCUCCCGGAACGUGGUGUUUCCUUCAGGUCCACGCUCCACGGUCUGUGGCAGAGACCAACCUGGUUCUUGCUUUCUCAUGUUUGGGGCUCGCUGCCCUCACUCUUUCCCUGCUCUGUAACAUUCUGAGCAGCCUGGCAUUACUCCGGGCCCGGAUAAAGAUGCAGACCGAUGAUUCUGUAUCAGUCGGCGCCUGUAACCGCCGGGCUUCAUCGGCAUCCUCCUCCUCCACCGCCAUUUGUUCCCUGGAUGUUGAGAUGAUGGUGCAGCUCGCAGUGAUCACAAUAGUUUCCUGCGUCUGCUGGAGUCCAUUUCUUGUUCAUAUCCUGGUGAUGCAGUUCAUGUCUGCUGGACUAAGCAGCCAAAGCGACGACUUUAUCCUUCUGGCUUUGCGCUUCGCCGCUUGGAAUCAGAUUCUGCAUCCCUGGGUUUACAUUCUACUGCGGAAAGCAGUGCUUCUCAAACUUGGCUGUUCUGUUCCAAACACUCCACAAAGGGCUGGAAGACCAAGGACAACCAACCCACCGAGUCGCUUUCUAGCACUGGAUGUUUCAGAUUGUGAAGUGACUGCCAUUAAACCCACUGUUGGAAGCCGGGCUUUGAAACGGAGCCUGUAAAAGGGACCU